AUGUCCAUGCAGAACGACUUUGCGGGUACAUUUGACAGCGCAGGUCCCCAGAUAUUGAGUUCCCAGAUCAACGCGACCACAGUGAAUUUUGGACAAAGCGCGUCUACCACGAAAGACAAGAAGGCGAUCCUCUUAGAGUCUCUAAAGUAUAAAAACAUAAACACGCGCUGGUCAAGCAUCAGAGAAGAGCAUGUACAUACUUGCAGAUGGCUAUUUGAAGAGACGGAGUUUCAAGACUGGCUCACGCACCGCAAGGCGCACGAAAAUCAUGGCUUCUUAUGGAUCAAAGGCAAACCUGGAUCUGGAAAGUCCACGCUGAUGAAGUAUGCCUGCCUGGCAACUCGAAAGGAAAUGAAAGGAAAAGGGUUCACAAUCGUGUCCUUUUUCUUCAACGCUAGGGGCGCCUUGUUGGAGAAAUCUACAGCUGGAUUGUAUCGAUCACUUCUCUGGCAACUACUGAAAUCGCAAAGUCUUGAUUUCAUCUCCCAGAUCUUGGACGAUGUUAUGUUGGACGAUUUCUUAUCAGAAACGUUCUCAUGGACCCUCGAGUCUCUUGAAUCUUUGUUUCGAGUGGUUAUAAAGGAGCUUCGGUUGCCUGUGAUUUGCUUUAUCGACGCGCUAGGCGAAUGCGAUGAGAGCCAAGUCCGACAAAUGGGUAAGAAGCCCAAGGUGGUAAAACCCGCUUUAUGCGAUGAGAGACAUUAUCCUUUUGUACGUUAUGCUGCUGAUAACGUAUUAUUUCAUGCCGAGACCGCUGCUGCUAGCCAUAUCCCUGAAGAGAGAUUCCUUGCAGAAUUUGAUUUUCCUGUGUGGAUUGCUCUUCACAAUACAUAUCUCGACGUGAAGGCCCGACAGCAUACCGCCAAAACCAGGCUUCUUUAUGCCCUAGCAGAGGUGAACGUACCGAACUUGCUAAAGUCAUGUUCCAUGAAAUACUCCUAUCUCGACAUCGACGAGGAACGUUUUGGGACACCGCUCCAUGUCGCUCUCGCCGCUGGCAGUGUCGAUGCAGUCAAGACCUUUCUCGACCUCCGAGUAGAAGGUCUUGCGGCAGAACAUCCUGCUCGAAACUACUUGAGAAAAUACAGCCUUGAAUGUACAAAGCGCACCAAAACCCAUUGGGGCGUUGCAUUUCAGCGGCAGUCUAACUUCCUUUUUCAUUUGAUCGAGUGUGAAGAGGAAGCUGUUUUCGCCAUAUUUCUGUGCACCGCUAGUCCUCAAGAAUUACUGGAAUAUGUAAGUGAUAUUGACAAGAGUGGCAGGACGCUACUGAUAGCGGCUGCUACGCGCGGCCUAUUCAAGGCUGUUGAGCUCCUCGUUCAGCAACCAGGCAUAAAACUCAACGCACAAGAUCAUUCCUUCAUGUCCGCGCUGCACUAUGCAGCAGACGCAGGCCAUGCUCAAAUCGUUCAACUUCUUCUCGAGAAGGAUGAAACCGAUGUCAACGUUGGAGACCACUCUCUCGAGACCCCUACCAAGCUAGCUAUAAAAGGACAGCAAUUGGAGGUAGUCAGGAUUCUACUUGCGCUGAGGCCGGGUGAACUGAAACUCCAUGCAACUGGCUACAAGACAGGUGAUGCUUAUGAUAAAGCUUUCUUAUCCUAUGCUGUUGAGGCGGGUUCCAAAGAAGUUAUACAGAUACUACUUGAGACCCACCAAGAAGAGGUGUACUUAAGGGAUAGUUCUGGUAGAAACCCCUUAUCCUACGCUGCCCAGUGGGGCUUAGCAACAGGUGUGGAGGUGUUGCUUAAGACCUAUCAAGUCGACGUCAAUUCAAAAGACAAGCAUGGCAGAAUUCCAUUAGCUUAUGCUGCUCAGAGUAACUCUAAGGAGGUUAUACAGGCGUUUCUUAAGGACCCUCAAGUGGAGGUCAACUCAAGGGAUGAAAAUGGUAGAACUCCGUUGUCUUACGCCGCUGAAUGGAAUUCUGAGGGAGCUAUGAAGGCUUUACUUGAGACUCAUCAAGUGCAAGUUGAUUCAAGAGAUAUGCAAGGAAGAACGCCGUUCUCAUGGGCGGCGUCUAGUAUUUUUGGACGAAGGGAUGGAGUAUGGGCGAACCUAAUGAAUAUAGGCCACGCAGACCCUGCUAUAAAGGACAACGACUCAAGGUCUCCAUUAUGGUAUGCUGUGAGUCAGUAUGAUGAUGGACAGGUCGACUUCCUUCUUCAGACCACUGGGGUUAACUCAAACUCGAGAGAUAUCCAUGGUAUCAGUCCACUUCAAGUGGCUGCUCACUGCGAAAGACAAAAAACAGUCGUGGAUUUGCUCGACAAUGACGAGAUCGAGAUACGAGACGGGGAUUGGAUCGACCCAGCGGCAGAGCUCUUUCCAUGCAUUUACCCCUUUAUACUCUUUAAGAUGGAAACAUCUGAGUCCAGACUUUGUUUCCAGCUGAUCAGAGACGAAUGGCUCGCUAGGCAGGCAGUCCUGUCGAAAAAGAAUGAAGCUCAGAAGGAACAAACGAAAGAGGACCAAGCGAAGACCGACACCUCUCGUACGCGUGUGUCGCGCGCUCGCAAACGGGCCUUGUCAGUGAAGAGCGACGCUCUCAGCGUCCGAAGUUCCAAGCGAUGA